UGGAAGAUUAUCUCACCCAGCCCAAGCUAUAUAAGCUGACCGGUGUGGAGGGGUUCAUUCCACAGCAGCAAAACACACAGACCCACUUCGGGCAAACAUGAUGGUACUGAAAGUGGAGGAGCUGGUCACAGGGAAAAAGAAUGGCAAUGGUGAGACAGGGGAGUUCCUGCCUGAGGAUUUCAGAGAUGGAGAGUAUGAAGCUGCUGUUACUUUAGAGAAGCAAGAUGACCUGAAAACGCUUCCAGGCCACCAUGUGAGCGUGGGGGAACAACAGUGGCAAAGCGAGAAACAGAGAGAGGCAGAGCUCAAGAAGAAGAAACUAGAACAAAGAUCAAAGCUUGAAAAUUUAGAAGACCUCGAAAUAAUCAUUCAGCUCAAGAAAAGAAAAAAAUACAGGAAAACAAAAGUUCCAGUCGUUAAGGAAUCAGAACCUGAAAUCAUUACAGAACCUGUGGAUGUGCCCAGGUUUCUAAAGGCUGCCCUGGAGAACAAACUGCCAGUAGUAGAAAAAUUCUUGUCAGACAAGAACAAUCCAGAUGUCUGUGAUGAGUAUAAACGGACAGCUCUUCAUAGAGCCUGCCUGGAAGGACAUUUGGCAAUUGUGGAGAAGUUAAUGGAAGCUGGAGCCCAGAUCGAAUUCCGUGAUAUGCUUGAAUCCACAGCCAUCCACUGGGCAAGCCGUGGAGGAAACCUGGAUGUCUUAAAAUUGCUGCUGAACAAAGGAGCAAAAAUCAACGCCCGAGAUAAGUUGCUCAGCACAGCGCUGCAUGUGGCCGUGAGGACCGGCCACUACGAAUGCGCAGAGCAUCUCAUCGCAUGUGAGGCGGACCUCAACGCCAAAGACAGAGAAGGAGAUACCCCUCUGCAUGAUGCCGUGAGACUGAAUCGGUAUAAAAUGAUUAGACUCCUGAUUAUGUAUGGCGCCGAUCUCAACAUCAAGAACUGUGCUGGGAAGACCCCAAUGGAUCUGGUGCUGCAUUGGCAGAAUGGAACCAAAGCCAUAUUUGACAGCCUCAAAGAGAACUCCUACAAAGCCUCUCGCAUAGCUACCUUCUAAGGGCAAUAACAACGGACUUUCAUCAACUGCUUUUCACUGACAUUUUGAAAGCACGACCCAAGAGAAGAGCAACUAGCUGUAAAACCUAGCUUUGGUUUAUCAAACUGUGGUAAAGCUGUACCUAAUGAAGUUUUGAGAAAGCACGGGGAUAUAGGUAUUCACAUUUCCAUUAGUUGAGUGAAAUUCACCUUAUUUAUUUUUAUUUAUCCCAGCUUAUUUAUUUACCUUGAUGCCACUGGUAUUUAGACCCUUCAUGGUCAUCAUUUGGUGAUCAAAGCUUAAUUUGUAUAUACAUUUCCAGAACCUUCCCAGAAAUGGUUCUUAAAUGAGAACAAUGAGCAAUGCUGGAAGUGCCGGCUUAGGUAUCACCUCACUCAUGUAAGAUAUUUCAAGGUGUCUUUAAAAGACAAAGGUGAUCAUUGCAGCCCUCUUUUCUCCUGAAUUUUUAAUGCUGAAGUUUGAAGGAGGCAACGGAAGGCAUAUAGUGACAGGAAAGAAAGGAAGCAAAGUCAAGUGAAAGGGAUUCCGUGAGAAGGACAGUAAAGGCAGCCAUUUCACCUCUGGGCCUGGUAUUUGUUACCCAGUCAUGCACUGUAUCAAGGUGACGAGAAUGUCAUGAGUGUACGGGCAGGGUAGUGGACAGAGCGGGCAACUGGGUCGUGCAGAAAUGAAUUUGCUAAAAAAAAAAGAUGAAAGUAAAUACAAACUGUAAAUGUGUAAAUGUA